GUGAUUUCUGUAAAUGUGUAAAAACAAUAUUUACAGCAAAAAAUAUAUUCGUAGGGUGCAUUUCGCAUUUUAAAAUUAUGUAUAAAUAUUUAUCACUACAGUGACACCCAGCGACUUAAAUUGAUAAUUAAUUUUUGCUGGAUUUUGUUUCAGUUAAUAUAUUAGCAGUAAAUGGUUAGAAAGCUUAUGGAUUCCGAUGACUCUUGUGACGAUUCUAUUGAUCUUUGUGACGAAGAUUCCCAAGAUAAUCAAAUAGUUGAACUAGCACCUUACCCUUUUCAAGUUGGUGGGCAUAAUUGUAUUUUAGUUUAUGAUGAAAAAACAAUAUGCAAACCAUUAAUUGACCAGGAAUACCAAGUUUAUACACAUUUCCCUAAAGAACUUGAUACAUUUGUACCUCAUCACAGAGGAGUGGUAAAAGUUUAUUUUGAGAAAUCUGAUGGAGAUAUAAUGGCAUUUGCUUUACCAGAUAACUGCUCAUCCACAGACAGCAAUCGAGCUUUAAAAGAUUACUUUCUUACUCAUAAAAAUAAACUAAAAAGAAGAUCUUGUGAAGCUAACUCUCCUCCCCUUGACUAUGAUGCAUCUGUUUCAAAAAAUUGCAUAAUGCGAAGAUGGGAAGAUUCUAAGUUUCAAAAUCUUGACAAAUUUAUUUUGCUGGAGGAUAUCACACAUUCUUUUAAAAGACCUUGUGUACUAGACUUAAAAAUGGGCACUCGAUGUUUUGGAGAUUAUAGUUCUCCUACUAAAUGUGAGCGCAAAAAAAAAAGAUCUGAGGAAUCUACCUCUGCAACACUUGGUGUGAGACUUUGUGGAAUGAUGGUUUAUAAUUCUGAAGAAGGUGUCUAUUCAUUUACUGAUAAGUAUGAAGGAAGGCGUUUUAAUAACCAAGAAUUCUGUUCUGCUGUCAAAAGAUUUUUUUACAAUGGGUCAAAGUAUCGUACUGAAUUGUUUAUACCACUUAAUACAAAAUUAAAAAUAUUGUUAGAACAGUUUGAAAAAAUUGAGUGUUACAGAUUUUACUGUAGCUCGUUAUUACUUUUGUAUGAUGGAAAUACUGAUAUUACACCUCACAUUGAAGUGAAAAUGAUUGAUUUUGCUCAAACGCGUGUCAAAGAGGAACCUAGCAACCAUCAUGUCGGCCCAGAUAGAGGCUAUAUAUUAGGAAUUAAAACAUUAAUUAAAAUUACAGACGAACUUAUUCAGAAGUUUGACUUAUAUUAGAUUAUUAUGUAUUCUAUAAUUGCUAGGUAGUUUUUAUGUUGAUAAAAUAUAAUGAUUUUUUUUGUAAACAAUAAAAACUACAAAAGAAUCAGAAGAGAAAGGAAUUUUUAAAUCUAAAGAUCUUCAAAUUUUCUUUCUAGUCUUAUAAUUAGUAGAAGUUAAGUUCGUAUAAAAUUUUUGUGUUUUUUAAUCUGCUUUUUAUCAAACAUUAUUUUUAAAAUUGUUAUAAAUAUUUUGUGUAGUUUUUUUAUAAUUUCUUUAUUUACUUACCAAUUGAAAAUUUUUACCUUUUUUUUUUUUGGGAAAUAUAAGCUUGCCUCUGUAAAUAAAAUUUAAUAAGGUUAAUAUGUCCUUAUACUUGUAGAUAUGAAAAGGUUUAUUAAAAUUAUACCUUACAUGUAUUAUAGUUUGAAACAUAAUUUAUUUAUUUGUGUUGUAAAAUUUUAUUUUGGUAUUACAGAAAAGGUUGAUUUUUAAAUGGA